AUGGAUGACCUCUUCAAUCUCCUCUCUCUCGAGGCCACCGCGCUCUCAGCCGACCCCUUAUCUGCGCCGACACUAGCUUCCGUGCCUACUUCUUCUCCUAUACCUGUCAAUGGCGACCGCCCCGACUACACCUACGGCGGCUUCUGCUUGAGGCUGACAGAAUGGCGUAGACGCAUUCCCUAUACACACCCCCAUUCCUGCGUUACCCACCAUUAUCCACCAAUCAGCGAUACCACGUCAACCGAAUUUUUCCCUUCUUCAGUUACGCCGCCAAUGCUCUGGCAAUCCACUCCUUUUUAA